ACGUAACGCGACACGAGUGCAGCAGCCGCAAAGAGCAAAUGUGGCGUGUACGUGGUGUACACGGCAUGCGAACGUAAAUAUAAAACAUCACUUUCUAGGCGACGUGAGUAAAGAAACAGAGUAUAUCGGAAAUACAAUACCACUAAAAAUACCACACUCGACUAUCUCGAGCUGUUCACACUCGUCCACGCGUAGAGGCAUGACCGUACGUAUUACGAUCGUAUAAGGAAUGUAAUUUCCGAUGGAUUACGAUAAACCGAGGUUUGUCGACGUAAAGGAGAGGUUCCGAGACAAUUUUCCCGAGCGCUGAGAAUCUUCAGAGGUGCAAAAUAAGAAACGAUUUUCCAGGAACGCGAGAAGGAGGUUUCUAGGUUAACCUAAUUUCCGCGCGGGGCCAUCCAUUUGUCUCUUCUCGGCUCUUCCAGUGGGGCUCUGCAAAAUGUACAAGAUGAUAUCGAGGACGUGCGCGUUUCGCGAGGGCGUGACGAGCACCCUGACGUUGGCGCACCCCUUGAAGCGCAACCCCGCGACGGUGCGACGGGGCCUCGUGAAGGAAGCGGCGGUGAGGGAGUCGGAGAAGUCGGGCAAAGUGGCGAAUCUGAAGCGCUACUGGUUCGACAGGUACAUAAAUUACAUCAAGAACUACGAGCGCACCCUGGAGCAGAGGUUCCCGCGUACGAUGCACGUGUACCGCGUGUUCAGCGUCGGCAGCCGCGACGUGUACGCGGACCUGAAGAGGUUCGUCGCCGCGAUAAAGCGGCAGGGCACGGACGGCGUGGGCAGCCUGACGCGGGAGCAGCUGCAGCUGAUGCACACGAUGCCGCGGGAUCUGCGGAAGCUCUCGCCGCUGUUCCUGCUCACGGCCCUGCCGUUCACGAACUACGUCAUCUUUCCCCUGGCCCUGUACUUCCCGCGCUACCUGCUGACGUCGCACUACUGGACGCUGCAGCAGAAGCUCGAGUUCAUGCUGUCCGAUCACAGGUCGCGACUCAGGCACAACAGGCCGCUGUUCAGGUGCAUGCAGGCCGAGCUGAAGGGCAUCGGGGACGAGGCGCUCAGGAUUAAGUGGCGCGACGCGAUAGCUUGCCUGGGGAGCGGCACGCAUCCGACCACCAAGAAUAUCCUAGCUUGCUCCAAGCUCUUUUCCGGCCCGCCGUAUUCCCUUCAGAGUCUCAAAAGGAAACAUCUGAAAGAAUUAUUGGCAAUACAUGGUAUGUCAUUGUGGAGACCUUUCAAGAGGAAAAGAUUGAUGGAACGGGGUAUGUUAAUAUUGCGAAUGGAUUGUGCUAUCGUACGAGAGGGAGGAGUAAAAGAAAUGUCUAAUGAAGCGUUGCGAUGGGCACUAUCCUUUAGAGGCGUAAAUCCUGCAAAUAUGUCUACAGAAAAUAUGAGAAGCUGGCUUGAGCAAUGGUUACUAGUAUCAGCAUCUGUUGACCAAAGUAAUAUAUCCUUGUUAUUGCAUAGCCCUAUUUUAUUAGCUUAUAAUCAUUCAACAAAUUGGAUUCUUGUAUAUAGUUGAAAAACCGACAGUAUUAGAAUUUUUUAGGUUUUGCAAAAUAUUUUAUUUUAAUAUCAGUUUUCUCUCACAAAAGUUUGCUUUGAUUUUUUAUGAAAUUAACAUCCAAUUUUUC